CGGUCGUCCGUCGACCCGCUGGAAGUCUGGCUGAUCCGGCCGGCAGCCCUCGAUGCUGCCUAUCCGAGAACCUCGUCGCGCGGAUAUUCACAUUUUCUUUCCCGAUGCAGAGCAGGGUCAGAUCAUCCUAUAAAGAGGCUCCUUGCGUCUCGUAUGGUCAUGCCUGACUGAGACACGCUCAGAGAGGCUGUUCACUGCAGCAGGUUGCAACUAGUCAAUCAUGGCUCCACGAAGUCCAGAAGAGCUGGACGCUCUAGCAAUCAUUGACCCGGAAAUUGAUGCUGUCCUCAAAUCUGGCAAGCUACCCAUCCCCAAACUCGACCUCUCGUCAGUCGAGGCGGGAAUCCAGCAACUUCGCUCUCUUGAGGCUCUAUUUCCUCCCGCGCCAGCAAUUCCUGAAGUCGCAGAGUCCUCCCGAAAAUUCACAACACGCGAUGGCACCGAACUCAGCCUGCAUGUCUUCCACCAAGCAAGCCCUGCUCCUGGGCCCAAACCGCUAGUGAUCUACUUUCACGGCGGCGGUGGCUGUAUGGGCAAUCCAUACUCCGUCGCCAAUUUGGCCCGUGACCUCGCCGUCGCACACAAUUGCGUGGUCGUCAGCCCCCAGUACCGUCUCGCUCCCGAGCAUCCAUGGCCAGCCGGCGUGCACGACGCCUGGGAUGCAUUCGAGCACAUCUCGACCAACGCAGACUCCGUCUCGGCGGAUGUGUCAGCGGGCCUUGUUGUCGGCGGCGUGAGUCAAGGCGCCCGCUUGGCCAGCCUCAUUGCCUUGCAGGCCAAGGCCUCGACAACCACGCCGAAAAUCACCGGGCUCUACUUUGACGCUCCAUCGUUCAUGAAUCCUGACAGCGUCCCGGCCGAGUACAAGGCGCGAUACCGGUCGCGCACCGACGGGCGAUGCUUAAAGGCCCCGAUCCUCGACGCCGACACGAAAGUUUUGUUCGACAAAGCCUACAAGGCCGACCAGACGUCGCCACUGUACGCGGCUCUCAACACGACGCCUUUGUCGAAGCACGCGGACGUUGCGCCAAAGGCGUAUUUCUCCAUCUGCGGCAUGGAUAUGCUACGUGAUGAUGGCUUGAUCUACGCCGACAUUCUCGAGAAUCUUGGUGUUCAGACCAGAACGAACGUCUACCCCGGGACGCCGCAUGUCUUCUGGAGCGUGUUCAGCUGGAUUAAGCAGGCACAAAAAUGGAAGGCCGACAGAACCGCAGGUCUUGGGUGGUUGCUCGGACGUGAAUGACGACAGUCGAAUAUAGAUUUUCAUGGCUUGUAAGUGGUAGCUUUGAGACCGAGAAUGGCUCGCAGUUUGACCACGACCCGAAUUGCAAUGAAACGGAGCUAG